UGAUUUAGAUGAUAUUGCUGUUGGAUUUCGCUUAGGUAAUGCUCUCUAGGUUUAGUUACUAUUGAUGGAGGUUUCAGAUUUGGGAUUGAUUACUGUGGAAAGAUCCAAUAAAUCGUAUCAUACUGUAUAUUCCUCUCUGAAGAUUGUUCUCUUAUGAUGAAGCUGAGAUUGGUGAGCCGUGAACUUGAAUGUGAUUGUUGAUGCAGAGCUGAGUUUUGAGCAUUUGAUACAACAUAUAUAUAUAUAUAUAAGUCUUAACCACUGGGGAAGAAUGUUCCAAUGAAAGUUCUCUUUUUUUUUUUUUAGAUAAAAUUUUGAAGUGGGAAGGUAGAAAUGAAUGAUUGAGAUGAAGGUAUUAGAGCUAUAAUGGGUAAAGUUCCUUUUCAUGGGGUCCCUAGUCCUUGUGGUGAGAAGUAUUUGCUUUUGAGAGGACUUUCAGAGAAUCUGGAUAUCAAAAUAAUCUUAUUAUGAGAGAAGAUACGGUGGCUUGGAAGUACUUUAAACGGGAUGUUGUGCCAUUCGCUGCUAUGGUUGCUGUCGAGUGUACUACGGUUGGAUCGAGUACACUGUACAAAGCUGCUACCUUGAGAGGAUUUAGCUUCUAUGUAUUUGUGUUCUACUCUUAUGUUGGUGCUACACUUGUCCUUCUUCUACUUUCCCUCAUCUUUGGAAGGUCAAGAAGUUUACCUUCAGCCAAGUCUCCUCUCUUCUUCAAGAUUUUCUUACUUGCGCUUCUCGGGCUCACGUCGCGGGUAGCUGGUUGUAAAGGUAUAGAAUAUAGUUCCCCUACUCUUUCCUCUGCUAUCAGCAAUCUUACACCAGCUUUCACCUUCAUGCUUGCCAUCUUCUUCAGGAUGGAACAAGUAGUGUUAAGAAGCUCUGCAACUCAGGCUAAGAUCAUUGGCACUGUAGUAUCUAUAUCUGGUGCACUGGUUAUUGUUCUGUAUAAAGGGCCAAAACUUCUUGUUGCUGCAUCGUUUACUUCAUUUGAGUCAAGUUGGAUAACUGGAGGCCUUUUGCUCGGUUUACAAUUUUUGCUUCUUUCAGUCUGGUUUAUUCUUCAGACUCAUAUUAUGGAGAUAUACCCUGAAGAGAUAGCCGUAGUCUUCUGCUACAACUUAUGUGCAAUGUUCAUCUCAGGAACAGUAUGUCUGAUUGUAGAAAAAGACUUGAAUUCUUGGCAGCUAAAACCGGGUUUCGCCCUCGCUUCAGUGAUAUACUCGGGGAUAUUUGAUACAUCAUUGGGCUCAGUUAUUCACACAUGGGGUCUGCAUGUGAAGGGUCCGGUCUACGUAUCCUUGUUCAAACCGUUGUCUAUUGCAAUUGCAGUCGCCAUGUCUGCGAUAUUCCUCGGCGAUGCUCUUCACCUUGGGAGUGUGAUUGGAUCAGUGAUACUGAGCUUUGGGUUUUACACUGUGAUUUGGGGCAAAGCAAGAGAAGAUGCAACCAAGACAGUAAGUGAUUCUGAGCAGCCACUCUUGUUAUGAGAAUGACACCUUAUCAUGAAGUUAUGUUGGAUACAAGUAUAAUUAUUGGACCAAUUAGAAGAUGAUGAUCCCUAUUUAUCUUGUAUAUACAGUAUAUCUUACUACUAUUAAAAGAGAAGUACAAAUUUAA